AUGAGUUUAAACAGCUCUGGCGCACCGUCCGCCGGUGGUGGCAGCCCCCCGUCUGCGGCCCUGGGGCCGGAUUCGCUGCUGCCGCCUUCGCAGGCCUACCCAGACUCGUUGCCGCCCCUGCACAUCAUUUGCGUGGCGACUCAUCGCGACGGGUACUUCACUACGCUGUUGUACAGCAGCGCGAUGCUUGCAGCGGACAUUCGUUGCUUCGCGUGGGGGCACAAGUGGCGCGGCUUCGGCACCAAGCUCCUGGCGACUCGCGAAUUCGCCAAGACCGUCCAGCCGGGGGACAUCGUGAUGCUGGUUGACGCCUUCGACAGCGUCCUGCUGCAGCCCAAAGAAGCGAUCGCGCGCAGGUUUCUCGAGUUCGGGGGCCGGAUCGUGGUAAUGGGAGAAGCCACCGAGCACCGCUGGGGCUUCUUCAAACACCUAUUCCUCAUGUACCACGAGUGCUUGUUCAACGGAGAGAAAGGGAUAAACUGGCCGAAGCCCCUUCCAUAUGCCGAUCCGAGUCUGAACCUUAGACUCCUCAACGCAGGCGGCAUCAUCGGUUUCGCUAAAGACUUCAUCCGCGUCUACGAGAAUGUGGACUACUGCACGAACGACCAGCGGUUCCUGACACACAUGUUCCUUGCUGAGCCGUUCAAGGACAUCGUCAUCGACUACAACUGCGCCAUCUUUGCGCUGUACCGAAAGAGGCACGACUUCAAGGUCCUUUCCUUCGAGGAAGCUGAGAAGCAGGUGCGGCACGCGGUGCCUGAGUUCCCUGGUGAAAAGAGGUCCGAGCGGAAAGCCGCGCCUGCGCCCGCGUUCAUGCGCUGCGCCUUAAAGGGCGUCGUCGUGGACGCGCGAACGAACGAAGCGCCGUGCGUCCUCCACAUUCACUGUCGUCGCAACGCCGACUGGCUCAUGAAGCAGCUUGGCUUGCCGGCUGGUGAGCACCUGAACGCCAUUCACAGUUACAUCUGGUACGCAAUUUACUCGUUGAGAGGCACGAUCGGCGUGAACGCGAAGGUCGCGCGUCGCUGGGGAUCGGCUCUGUCGGCGACAAUCGUCACGUGCGUUGGGUUCAUUGGCCUCGGGCUGGGCCUUCUGGGUUGGGGAGUGCGGGAAGCGGCCAAGCGCAACCUCCUCGCUGUUCUCUCAGAGCAAUGCGGUCCCCUCCUCGUUAGGCUGCUGCUCCAGGUCGCUCUCUUCCUUGGCGUCACGCAGUCGGACUACCCGGAGACGGCGGAGUCGCCGCACAGUUUGCAGGCGGCGCGGUCUCUGUUCGCCUUGCCCGCCAACUUGUCGCUGCGUCCGUUUGCGGUGGCUGCGAUGGGAGGCGGGGCCCUGGCCCUUCGCGGCGUCUCCUGGGUCCUUGAAACUGCCUUUCUGUGGCGCUACCUGUUCCUCACCGGCGCCGUUUUAGGUUCUGCCGUCCUCACCGGGAUGACGGUGAGCAUGGUGGGGCUGCACCCCGACGAAAGGCGCCAUGAGGACGCGACCGAAAAGAACCUGAAGAAGAAAGCAGCCCGCAUGAGCGGAACCAGCACGACCUCCACUCGAGAGCAGUCCCCCGAAAGUUCCAGCCGCAAGGACUCAGGAUGUCGCCGCCGCCGGUGA